CUCUCUUUCUUUACUCUUUAGUUUAGUCUCCGUUCUCUCUCGCCGGAGCAAGGUAGUCGAAAUGGAGCGGAACUCUGCCGCGGUUCACUCCCACACCAUGUUCGGGUCUUCAUGUGGCGGUGAUCACUUGAAGCGAAGCCCGUCGCAGUUGGACUUCGAGGAGUGUCUCCAGAAGAUCGCCCGAGGUGUCACCGCCGAGAGCCACGACCGGAGUUUUGCCGAAACGGGAGAUUUUUUUGCCGAAACGGGAGAUUUUUUCUCCGGUGAUCUCACUUUCGCUUUCAAGAACCGGGACAUAAUGGAUGGUUUUUCAAGCAGUAAUGGACUGAUGGAAACCCUGUUAAGCCCUCAGAAUCUCACCCCCAAGAAUUCCAGCAUCUCAGCAACCAUGGAUUCCCAGUCAUCCAUAUGUGUUGGAACUCCCACAUCGGCUGCUAACCCAGUUGGCCAAGAUAACCAAGCAAGAGGAGCCACCAGCGGUUCAUCUGGAGAUCAGUCAGAUGAGGAUGAUUUUGAUAUAGAAGCCGGUCCAUGUGGAGACAGUACAGACCCUCUUGAUAUUAAACGUAUCAGAAGGAUGGUCUCGAACAGGGAGUCUGCUAGGCGAUCUAGAAGAAGAAAGCAACAACAUCUGCAAGAACUCGAGGGGCAGGUUGAUAUACUGAGGGUAGAAAAUUCAACCUUAUACAGGCAACUUACAGAUGCUUCUCAACAGUACCGUGAUGCUGAUACAAACAAUAGAGUGCUGAAAUCAGAUGUGGAAGCUUUAAGAGCUAAGGUGAAGCUAGCUGAAGAUAUGGUUGCUCGCGGUUCUUUAACCUCUAGCUUCAACCAACUUCUUCAAGGUCAUUUGAGCAUACCACAACCGCUUAAUCCUCAUACUUUGCGCGGUGUAGCACAUGUGUCGCCAACCAUUACCAUUCAUGGAGACGAUACCUCAUAUGCUGGAAUUGCAGUAUCUGGUCAGAACUCGGGUAUGGGACUCGGAAAUGCUGCUGGUAUGACUAAUAGUAAUAUGGGUACCAGGAUCAUGAGUGAUGCAGUAAGCUGUGUGUCUGAUAUGUGGUAAUAAACGGUAAUAAACUACUAAAAAAAAUUGUGAUGCCUCAUGUGUGAUAUGUUAAUUAGAUCCAGUGUCUUGUAUGCGUUAUUAGGUUUAUUUCUGUAGAGUAAUUUCAGAAGUGCAUGUAUUUGAAAUGUCCUGUAAAAUGUAAUAGAAAUUGAUUGAAGAAAUUAAAGGUUACUCUUAUGUUGUGUUUAG